AUGGAACCAACCUAUGCUCGAGGUGUUCUUCCGUGUGCUGAUGAACCUGCACGUAAAGCUAUUUUUAUAAUCAGUGUCAUUCAUGAUUCUUCGUAUGCUGUAUGGUCUAAUGGAGCAAUUGAUCGAACCGAAAUACUCAGCGAUGGACGAAUACUUUCACAUUUUAGCCCAACAUUGAACAUGUCCACCUUUCUACUGGCACUCAUUAUAGCACCCAUAUCCGAUUUUGCCUGUCGACCCGAUCGCCUUAUCGGUUCAAAGAACAUCAUAUCGAGAGUAUGUGGACGUAUUGAUAUUCUUCCACAAUUGGCCUAUGCCGAUGAAGUAGCCUACAAAGUCUUGGAAUUUUUCAAUACAUAUUUUGAUAUUAAUUAUGCAUUGUCAAAAAUUGAACAUUUUGCUGUUCCCGAUUUUGGUGGAGGUGCUAUGGAAAACUAUGCUUCACGAAAACAAUAUAUCACAAUGGUAAUAUCUCAUGAAAUAUCUCAUCAAUGGUUUGGUAAUUUGGUUUCACCAGCUUGGUGGGGUGAAUUAUGGUUGAAAGAAGGCUUUGCCAGUUAUAUGGAAACAUUGGCAACCGAUUUUGUCGAACCUUUGUGGAGGCGAGAAGAACAAUUUGUUGUUGAAAAGAUUUUUUCAUUUAUGGAAUCUGAUUCAUUGCCAACAUCACGACCGAUUAGUAUUGAUUCAACAAAUUUAGCAGAUAUUUUUCAAAUGUACGAUUCAAUCACUUAUAGCAAAGGAGCAACAGUCAUUCGUAUGAUGUCGAUGUUUUUAGGUGCUGAAACAUUUCAACGUGGUGUUCGAAUAUAUUUGAAAGCAUUAUGUUUUAGUUCGGCAACGCAACGCGAUUUGUGGACCUAUUUGAGUCAAGCUACAAAUAAUACAAUCAACGUUGAACGGAUUAUGGAUGGAUGGACACGACAACCCGGCUAUCCGAUUGUUGAAGUCAAUCGGAUUUAUAAGACUGAAGGCCGUAUGGUGAUUAGCCAACAACCUUAUAGUCUUUUUCUAACGACAAGCAAAAAACACAAAUGGUGGAUUCCAUUUAAAUAUUUCGAUCGUACAUUUUCUCAAGUAAAUAAGCGUCAGACGUCGACUAGUAGUGAUAUUGUAUGGCUCAACGAUACAUCUCUCACAGUGAAUAUCAACACUGCUGAUUCAGAUUGGAUCUUGGCCAAUCCGAAUUAUCUCGCCAUUUAUCGAACGAAGUAUGAUCGAGAAAAUUUUCGUCUGAUUGUUACUCAACUUCAAAGUGCUCACACACGUAUUCCGACCAUCAAUCGAGGUGCUCUGAUCGAUGAUGCUUUUGCCUUAUCACGCGCAGGUCUAAUCGAUGUAAUAGAUGCCUAUGAACUGAUUCGAUAUUUAAAGAGUGAAACGGACUAUAUACCAUGGAUAGCAGCACUCUCCGCAAUGUAUCAACAAGAAGAAUUACUUGCCGAUCGUGGUAUUCUUAUUGAUGUGCAACGUUAUUUUUUACAAUUGAUCCUUCCAGUUUAUAACAAGAUCGAAUGGACACCGAUCGAUUCAUCGACUGCAUGGCUUCAAACUCUAUUGCAACCGAGAAUUGUAUCGGCUGCUUGCCACUACGAUCAUCCAGAAUGCAUUGAAACAGCACGCAGUGCCUAUCGUCAUUGGAAUGUAAAUCCUACUCUCAAUCAAAUUCCAGCUAAUCUACGUUCGAUCGUCUAUUGUACAGUUGUUCGUAAAGGUUCACGAGCUGAAUUUAACUUUUUAUGGACUCGUCUUCAAACAGAGUUAAUUGCUAGUGAAACAUUGAAUCUACUAAAAGGUCUCGCCUGCACAGAAGAUCUGUCGUUGAUUGUUUGGUUUCUCGAUCAACAUUUGUCGAAUGAAUCCGUCAUUCGUGAUCAAGAUGCGCCAUUAUCUAUUGCCAAUAUUGCUCGUUCACUACGAGCAAAUCAAAUUGCUUGGAAUUGGAUUCGUGAUCAUUGGUUCAAACUUUUUGAAAAAUGGGGAAAAUCAGAGACUUAUUUAGGUACAAUUAUCGAAGCUGUAUCGAGUCGAUUUAUUACUGUUCGACAACGAGAUGAAUUCAAAACAUUUGCUGAUUCAAUUAUGAAUAAAGGUACUACAUCUCGUCAAUUUCAAUUAUCCAUGGAUAGAAUCAAUGCUAACAUUGCAUGGAAUCAAGCAAAUCUCGGUUCAAUCACUGCCUUCUUUCGUGCAAACAAUCAAUCAUCCAUUGUCAGUCAUCGUUUACCGUCGACUAUCGUACCAAUUCAUUACGAUCUCUAUGUUAAACCCUAUUUGAAUAUUACCAAUGAAAAUCUUCGCUAUUCUAUCUUUGAUGGACGUGUUCAUAUUCAUCUCAAUGUGAUUCAGCCGACAGAUCGUAUCGUUUUACACAAACGUUUCAUUAUGGUGCGCGAAACAAUUGAGAUAACCUCCGGUGUAUCUGUAAUAUCAACAUCAUUCAAUGAAGAUCUCGACUUUUUCACCAUUAUACUCAAUCGAGCACUAAAAGUAAAUGAACAACCAAUCUUAACAAUGAAUUAUGUAGGUGAAUUAAAAAAUGAUACGAAUGGUUUCUAUCUUAGUUCUUAUGUACGAUCAUCGAAUAAAGUUCGACGAUAUUUAGUUGCUUCACAAAUGGAACCGAUUGGAGCACGACGUGCUUUGCCAUGUUUUGACGAGCCCGCUCUCAAAGCAACGUUUACCGUUACAAUCGAACAUGAAUCACAAUAUCGAGCAUGGAGCAAUAUGCCUAUUGAGAAUAGUACGAUUCAAUCGAAUGGUUGGAUAUUAACACAAUUUCAAAAAACUGUACCAAUGAGUUCGUAUUUACUGGCACUAGUCGUAGCUGAUUUUGAUUGUUUGACACGAAAUAAUACGGGACGUUUUAGAAAUAUUACAACAAGUAUAUGUGCUCAACCAGAGAAAAAAGAUAAUUUGAAUUAUGCACUUGAAAUAGCAACACAAAAGAUUCGUGAUUUUGAAGAACAAUAUCAAAUUAAUUAUCCAUUACCUAAAUGUGAUCAUAUUGCUAUACCUGAUUUUAAUGCUGGUGCAAUGGAAAACUUCGGAUGUAUUCUUUAUCGUGAAACACGACUUUUCUAUAAUAAUCGUACGUCAUCUUCGUCCAACAAACAAGGUGUAGCAGCCGUCAUUGCUCAUGAACUUGCUCAUCAAUGGUUUGGUAAUCUCGUUUCACCUGUUUGGUGGGAUGAUUUGUGGCUUAAAGAAGGUUUUGCAAUAUGGAUGCAAUUCGUUGGUACAAAUAAAGUUCACUCAGAAUGGAAUUCAUAUCAACAAUUAAUUAUUCAACGAUGGCUUGCCGUUAUGCAAAAUGAUGCUCUAUCAUUUUCACAUCCAGUUAAUAUGCAACUUACACGUAAUGAUCAACUAACAAGUAUUUUCGAUUCCAUUACCUAUUCGAAAGGUUCUUCGUUACUUCGAAUGAUGAACAAUUUUAUGUCCGAUAAGACUUUUAAUAAAGGUAUUACCAAAUAUCUUCAACGUCAUUUGUAUUCGACUGCAAAACAGACUGAUCUCUGGCAAGCAUUGAAUGAACAAAUGUCUGUCGAUAAUAUACAAUUACCAAGUAAUACAACUCUUGAGAUGAUUAUGAGUACGUGGACUAAUCAAAUGGGUUAUCCAUAUGUUCAAGUUAUACGCGAUUAUACUACUAGACGUAUCACAGUGACUCAACAUCAGUUCCUGUUCGAUUCAGAAGCACAACCAUCUCCAUCACCACAUAAGUAUUUAUGGUAUAUUCCACUUCAAUUUAAGUUCUCAUCAAACAUCAUCUGGUUCAAUCGACCACAGAUGAAUAUAACCAUGGAUAUAAACGUACAAUCGAAUGAAUGGCUUUUAGCCAAUCCGAAUUUAUUGGGAUUUUUUCGUACGAAUUAUGAUGAACGAAAUUGGAAGAUGAUUAUUGAACAACUGAAUAUUGAUCACGAGAAAUUUACCGUAAUUGAACGAGCUGGUCUUGUCGAUGAUGCUUUUAAUUUGGCUCGAACGAAUAUUCUUCAAACAUCUCUCGUAUUCGAUUUACUCAGUUAUGUACAUUCUGAAUUUGAAUAUAUUGUGUGGGAUCGUAUUAUUGCCAGUUUCUCCUACAUCGAACAGAUGAUUGCAUCAAAAAGUGCAGAUAUCAUUCUGUACGAACAAUUUCAAUCGUAUAUUAUCGAUUUGAUCUUUCCUAUUUACACUCAACUCGGUUGGCAACAAUCACAAUCAUCGAAUAUGACAGAGAAAUGGCUCGAUACACUUCAUCGAAAUUUGAUUAUAUCGACAGCAUGUCAUUACAAUUUAGAUGAUUGCGUUCGACAUGCUCAAUCACUCUUUCAAUCAUGGUUCAAUCAACCAUCGAAUAAUUCAAUCGAACCUAAUCAUCGUUCGUUUGUCUAUUGUACUAUUAUUCGUUUAGGUAGUCGAGUGGAAUUUUAUUUUCUCCUUCGUCAAUAUCGAGAAUCAAAUGAUCCACAAGAAAAAGCUAGAAUACAAUCAGCAUUAGCAUGUACACGUGACAUAGAAUUAAUUCGAUAUUUACUCGAAAUUCAUCUCGAUUCUCAAUUGAAUAUUAUUCGACGACAAGAUGGACUCAUCGGCAUACGAACUAUAUGUCGAAAUUUCAUUGCUGAAACUGAAUGUUGGACUUUUGUACGUUCUCAAUGGCGACAAUUGUUUAAAGAAUUUAGUGAAUCAAUCAAUUUUGCCAAUCUUAUCAAAGAUGUCGCAGAACGAUUUAAUACCGAACAACAAUUGGGCGAAUUUGAACGAUUCUUUGAACAGACCACUAAUACAGUGAGUGUCGAAUUUCAAGCAACAAUCGAACGUAUUCGUGCUAAUAUUCAAUGGAUUAAAAAGGCAAAACCCAAUUUAGUUGAAUGGUUCAGCAAUCGAACAGUAACAAUUCGUCGUCCAUUCAAUUGA